CUCUCCAAUUACACCUUCUGUAUACUAGACAACAAAAAUGUUUCGAUCAGUUCCUCGUCGACUCCCGCGACGCCUUCCAACGUUCUCUCCCUCGACUGCUGGCAGUCCAUCCCGCCUCGCUCUGCGAUCGUUCACUUGCGGUUAUCCACGGAUGUCGUCUCCGCUCCCCUCAGUCGAGCCCCCCGUAUCCACCGUCUUACCGGGCGAUUCAUACCAGCUGCUUUCGAGCGCUGACAAGGCCGGUGCCGCUGAAGACGCUUUCUACGAUCAGCAGAUUAAAGAUGUCGAGGCGUGGUGGAAAUCCCCGCGGUAUGAGGGGAUCAAGCGACCAUACUCGGCCGCGGACGUGGUUAGCAAGCGCGGAACGUUGCAACAGACAUAUCCUAGUUCGUUGAUGGCGCGGAAGCUGUUUAAUUUGCUGAAUGAGCGGGCUACUCAGGGACUACCGGUUCAUACGAUGGGUGCCAUUGACCCUGUGCAGAUGACACAGCAAGCCCCGAACCAGGAGGUCUUGUAUAUAUCGGGCUGGGCAUGCUCUUCUCUCUUGACGACGACCAACGAGGUCUCCCCCGACUUUGGCGAUUACCCCUACAACACAGUGCCGAACCAGGUCCAGCGGUUGUUCAAAGCUCAGCAAAUGCAUGACCGAAAGCAAUUUGACUCCAGGCGAAAAUUGAACCCGGAGCAGCGCAAGUCCACCGCAUAUGUUGACUACCUGCGACCCAUUGUCGCAGACGGUGAUACUGGACACGGUGGAUUGACUGCAGUCAUGAAGCUGGCGAAGCUCUUUGCCGAGAAUGGCGCUGCUGGUGUCCACUUCGAGGACCAGCUUCACGGUGGAAAGAAAUGCGGUCACUUGGCAGGCAAGGUCCUUGUGCCAAUGGCUGAGCACAUUAACCGACUCGUUGCUACCCGCUUCCAGUGGGACAUGAUGGGAGUUGAGAACCUUGUGAUUGCUCGAACAGACUCUGAGAGCGGCAAGUUGAUCAGCAGUGCGAUUGACGUGCGCGACCACGAGUUUAUCCUUGGUGUUACGGAGGAUGUUGAGCCUCUGGCGGAGACUCUCCAGGCUAUGGAACGGGAGGGAGCUGCUCCUUCGGAGAUUGAUGCUUUUGAACUGGACUGGGUCAAGAAGCACAAGCUGGUCACUUUUGACGAGGCUGUCGACGCCCACCUCGAAUCCGAAGGCGCCUCCCAAUCAACCCGGGAGGCAUACAAGACCAAGGUCGCCCAGAACCCCAACCUCUCCCUCUCCCGCCGUCGAGCCCUGGCAAACGACUACGCAAAGGCCCCCGUCGUCUGGUCCUGCGACAGCCCCCGCACCCGCGAAGGAUUCUACCACUACCGCGCCGGCUUCCCUGCCGCCACCAAGCGCGCACGCGAGUUCGCACCCUACGCCGACCUCCUAUGGGUGGAAACUGGUGACCCGGACGUCGCCAAGGCGGGACAACUGGCCGGAGAAGUGCGCAGCGAGUUCCCGGGCAAGAAACUCGUCUACAACCUGAGUCCGUCGUUCAACUGGAUGGGCCAGGGAUUCAACGAGGCUUCUCUGAAGUCGUUUAUCUGGGAUCUUGCUAAGCAUGGAUUCGUCCUCCAACUUAUCUCCCUCGCCGGCCUACACACCAACGCCACCGUCACAACCGAACUCUCCCGCGCCUUCAAGGACGAGGGCAUGCUCGCCUACGUGCGCCAGAUCCAGUCUCGCGAAAAGGAACUCGGGGUCGACGUCCUGACGCACCAGAAGUGGAGUGGAGCGCCGUACAUGGAUGGUAUUCUGGGUGCUAUCCAGAGCGGUAGCAGCAGCAGUAAGAGUAUGGGUGAGGGGAAUACUGAGAAGGGUUUUUAAACAGGGAAAAUGGGUAGCGAGAUAAGAUUGAUAGAAUUAGAUCUUGUCGGUUUAACCAAUGUAACACGAAC